CGUAGCUACUGAUGAAAAGGCCUGUCCUGUCGUGCCUAUGAAAGAACGCAUUAUACACUCCAACUUUCUUUUUCUUUCUCGACUAGUGGAUCUUGUAUCUAUAUUUUUUUCCUAAGCAUGUUAGUUAUGGUCUUGUAUAUAGUAUAUACAGAUAUACUAAUCUCAUAAUUUACACUUACCUUUGGAACCGUGCAUCUGAUGGGAAUCGAUAUUUAGCUACAGGUUUAUUUUAUAGAAUAUCUUAAUUAAUUAGCAGGGAUAAUUUCUGUUAAUAUAAAAUAAUUACCUAUAUAUUUUAUGGGAAGAUAAUUACCUUUGACUGUGUAUACUACUGAUAAUUUUCAACUGAGAAAAUAAUUUGAGCUCCAGAUUUUUAGUCAUAAACUAGUUUUUAAUUUGUAUGACGUAGUUACAGAUUGAAUAUGGAUAGAUUCAUGUUCAUAGUUAGAUAUAAUAUAUAUUAUAUACUUAUAUGUGUGAUGAUCAAGUAAUCAACGUGGAACAUCACUGUAAAACAACAAACCUAAUUUAAAAAAAAAAAGCAACAACAAACCUGCUUUUUUUUCUUUUUUUUCAUUGUCUCUCUUGUUGCGAUAUAACUGUUUGCCCUUAAAUAGUCUAUAAAUCUUUGGGUAAUUAUUUUGAUUUCCAGUCUCUAGAAGGAAAUAUAAAUAUAGUUUUGUUUUCACAAAAAUCUAGGGCUGUUCAAUAUGGUAAAACCGAACCGUACCGAACCGAACCGAACCGAAAUAGACAAUAUGAUUUGGUUUUGGUAUAUACCAUAUAAAUCGAAUGGAUAUAAUUUUAUAAAAACUGUAGGAUUUGGAUAUGGUUUGGUAUAUAACCGAAUAAACCGAUGAAAAGGCCUGUCCUGUCGUGCCUAUGAAAGAACGCAUUAUACACUCCAACUUUCUUUUUCUUUCUCGACUAGUGGAUCUUGUAUCUAUAUUUUUUUCCUAAGCAUGUUAGUUAUGGUCUUGUAUAUAGUAUAUACAGAUAUACUAAUCUCAUAAUUUACACUUACCUUUGGAACCGUGCAUCUGAUGGGAAUCGAUAUUUAGCUACAGGUCUAUUUUAUAGAAUAUCUUAAUUAAUUAGCAGGGAUAAUUUCUGUUAAUAUAAAAUAAUUACCUAUAUAUUUUAUGGGAAGAUAAUUACCUUUGACUGUGUAUACUACUGAUAAUUUUCAACUGAGAAAAUAAUUUGAGCUCCAGAUUUUUAGUCAUAAACUAGUUUUUAAUUUGUAUGACGUAGUUACAGAUUGAAUAUGGAUAGAUUCAUGUUCAUAGUUAGAUAUCUAUAAUAAUAAAGUGGAGUUUUCUCCCACCACAAGCUUCCACGUUCUUUUUUUUGAUGUGGGCAUAUGUCGCCACGUGUCGACGCUCAAUUGGUUACUUCUUUUUUUUAUUUUUUUUUUCUAUUAUUUGGUUUGGGCUCUUGUGAAUGUGGCCCAUCUUAAAACACGAUCUUCGUCUUCGUCUUCUCCCUUCUCAUUCUCCAACGCGAGGCGCAGAGAUUCAGUCUGUUCAGUAUCCAUAACGCAUCCUCUUUCAAUAACUCUGCAGCUUAACUCCACCUCACCUCUUUUAAUCCACUCCUUCCACUUCAAUUGUUCAAUCAAUUCCCCUCUUCGUAUUCCAUCGUACCUGGCUUAAUCCUCACCUAUAAAUACGACAUCUCACCAUCUUGCAAUGCACACCUCAGAUCCGACGAAAUUUAGCAGUAAACUCUUUUCUAGCAACCGAUUUCGAUUCCGAUGGCGUUCACUCUUCUUAACGACUUGAGAGCCGGCCGAUGCUCCAAUACUGCCGAGGUCCGUCUGCUGAGGCUUUGGGAGGCUAGGAAUAUCAACAAAGGCGGAGAGCUUAUGAGUCUUGACAUGUUGCUCAUCGAUGAGAACUCUACUGUCGUGCACGGAACUGUCUCUGCCCUUCUCCAGCUUAGGUUCAGACAGCGUAUGACCGAGGGAUCUGUAUACACACUAAGCGGCUUCGAUGUGACGCGUAGCAGCCCGAAAUACCGGCUAUCCGAUGCGCCUGUUGCCAUUCGUUUCAAUGAUGGCACCGAAUUUGAAAAGCUAGCAACGACAUCUCGGAGGAUACCCUCGGAGCACUUCCGUUUCCGACCGUACGACCAGAUACUUGGACUAGCAAACACUGGGAGACAACUCCCCGACAUAAUGGGAGAGCUCAGUGCCAUUAGGAGCACCAUAGCGGACCGAAUCCAUGGGGCUCAGCGCGUAAUGCUAAACUUGCGUCUUGGAAGUAUCUUUGGCUCCUUGGCCCUUUCAUUCCAUAACAAGCUCGAUGGGUACGGAAGAGAGCCAAGGAUCGUUGUUGUAACAGCCGUGAAUCCUAAGUUGGUUUCUGGAAAGUUAUAUUUGAAUGGUACUUCUGCGACACGUAUUUUUUUUUACUCCGAAACUGCUGUUGGAGCGGAUGCAUUUGCCAGAUUGCCAACUGGUGAUACAGACCAGUCAGGGUCUUCAUCAAAGGUGGUUCACGCACAGAAGAUUGAACCCAUGACGGUUUCAGAGCUUAACCAAUUUAUUUUCACCGCCGAUCCUCAGAUAAUUGAGUUCCUCUGUACAGCCAAGGUGACUGAGAUUCAGCUUGAUGAGGGUUGGUGUUACAUUGGAUGCUCCACUUGCUCCAAGAAACUCAUCCGAGAGGAGACUUCAUUCACAUGCGUCCCAUGCAAUGAAACCAAUGCUGUGGCUAAACUGAAGUAUCGUGUGAUUCUCUCCGUGUCAGAUGACACUGGUUCAGCAGCUUUCCUUGGUUUUGAUGAAGAGGUUGCUAGCCUGACUCAUGUUCUUGCUUCUGAUGCUGCACAGAUCGUGGUAUGCCCGCUAAUCGACCUCUACGUUUUGAGCGUGAAAUGUUUUAUUGUAUACUUAGUUUACUUAUAUUUUUCCUACACAUUGCAGGGGAUAGGUACUAAUGCCCAAGUUGACAUCGACCUACCUCGCUCGCUCGCUAAUCUGGUGGGGAGUACCUACACUUUCCAGCUCAGGUUAAAGGACUUCAAUUUUGGUCCAAAUCACCGAAGCUUUACCAUAUCUCGCAUUUUCCCCGCACGUGAUCUUGCGCCAAAGCCAACUUUUUCUCAGGAGGGUGGCGAGGAUACCGAUCAAUCUCUCCCCCAAUCUGUGGCAACAGGAUUAGAUGUCAGAGCUGGUAUCAUAAACAGUGUUGCAGAUCAGCUCACCAAAGCUGGUGGUGCACGUCUAGCACAUGAAGCAGUAGCAUCGGGUGAAGACGCUGGGGAAGCAACUGCACGUAAGAAAGCACGUGUGGAAUGAGUGCUAGCUUGGAACCCAAACAACCACGAUUAGCCUAUGUCAUUCUCUGUUUUUUCAUAUCUGGAUUUGCUUUUUUUUUACUUUAGUUUCUGCUUUUUUUUUUUAAAAGUCUUUGCUAUGUCAUUUUCCAAAUAUUUCUUAAUGAAAACCUAUGGGUCGUGGUUGUCCUAAUUCCUA